AUGAAUUACCGGCAUAUGAAUGAAAUCGAGGUUAUUUUAGCGUUUUUGAACUUUUGUGAUUUUUCAGUGUUCACUGUUAGCGAUGCUGAGCUAUCGAUGAUGGUUCGUCAUGGGGUGAUCAAGGGUGGUGGUGACGCGGAUAGUCGUUUCGCCAGCAAUUAUGUUGUACGACUUCGUGGCCUGCCGUACAGCGCUACAGCUAACGAUAUCAAAGAAUUCUUUUCAGGCCUGGAAGUAGCGGAUGUGGUAAUCGACAAAGAACCGGGGGGCCGACCUUCGGGGGAGGCAUUCGUGCGGUUGGCAAGCAAGGAACACGCGGAAUUGGCUUUGGAGAGAAGCAAAAACUACAUGGGUUCAAGAUAUGUCGAAGUUUUCCGUAGCUCGGCUGAAGAAAUGGAACAUAGCUUUUAUGCAUCACGUGGAAUACCACCACCAAGCAGUGGGCCUGUCCCGCUGCGUGGCCUGAGCCCAUCGCUUGAGUUUCGUUUUCGUGAACGCUACGGUGGAGAAUAUCCAGGUCGUUUUGGUGGACCCAUGCGACUUUCAAGCGUACAUCUCCGUCCAUCACCAUACGAACGACCAUUUAUGGACAGAGAGCGUUAUCUACGAUAUGGCGGACGCUAUGAGCCGGAAUUUGAGGAUACAAUGUAUGAUCCGGCAAAAGUGUUCAUGCGAGGGCUUCCGUAUAGCGUCACAACACUGGACAUUGAGGAAUUUUUCCGACCACUCAAUUGCGUUGAAAUAAAAUUGGGCUAUAACGAAGAGCGCCGUCUUUCUGGCGAUGCUUUGGUGACAUUUUCGACAAUGGCGGAAGCGCGUGAGGCUCUGACACGCAAUAAAAAGAAUAUGGGAACUAGGUAA